AUGUUAUACACAUAUUGCAGUUCGUCAGCAAGCGGCAGUCAAUCGCCCUCGUCCGAGACUGCUUCCAACAACACAUCGCCUUCCCUCAUCCCCACACCCCUCUGGCCCUCGAAAACGUCGGAUGAAAUAGAUUCGCAUAGCGCACGUUCAAGACAAACCCCGAAUAGAAUGCCAGUAGAUUUAUCUCGCGGAGUGUCCACAGGGAGGGGGGGAUGUUGGACAUGUCGCCUGCGAAGAAAGAAAUGUGACGAACAACGAGAGGGCAAUUCAUGUCAUACCUGUAAACGUUUAAGAAUAGAUUGUCUAGGAUGGGGCAACAAACGUCCAGAAUGGAUGCGCGACAAGAAAGCAGUGGAAGAUUACAAGGCUGGCAUCAAAGCUCAGCUCACACGUGCUGGCCUGAUCCGCGGUCAGCCCAAAUCAUCAAUAUUGCAAGCCAGUGCAGCGGCACCGAUAUCUUCGCCAGCUUCUUCAUCAUCUGUAUUCCCUUCGCGACAAUUCCAACGAUCUGCAAGUGCUUCAGGGUCUUCUCGAAUCAAUGAUUUGGCGAUAUCGUCGUACGUUGAUCCAUUGAGUGACCUAACCGUGCUACCCGUGUUUGGUUCAACAUUGAACUCACCUCAGAGCCUUUCUGUCCCUCUUUACGUGAGCGAUGGGACCUUCCAGCGUUCAAAUCACAAUUCCCCCUUCAGCCCUGCCGGCUCCCUUACCUCCCACCCGUCGCCCAUGGCGGAAAUGCACUUUAAUCCUGACUUCGACACCGCCACCCAAAACCUGUAUAACAGUCCGAUGUUGUCGAUGCCAGACGACGGCCUCCAAAUGGAGCACGUAUUUUAUUAUUUUGAGCAUAUUCGCAAGUUGCAGUAUGCAUUUGCCGGCAACUCUGUAGCAAAUAUAACAUAUUCACUUGUAUUGCAACAUCCACAGGGCCCUGUAGCGAACGCAAUCUCCGCGUUAGCAUCAUUGCAUUUCAGUCUAAUGCGCACCGCUCACGGGCUUGAGGCGCCAAACCCAACACUGGAGAACUCACCAGCAAUUCGAUUCUAUGAUAAUGCCCACCAACAAAUUUAUAGAAACAAGCAGACAAUGCUGAGCGAAUGCGACGCAAACGCAGCCAUUCACAUGCUAAGCUUCUCGCUCGUUUCAGGUGGGGUGACCGAUUGGCGCCCAAUGCUGGACAUUGCGAGCGAGUGGCUAGUGAGGACGGGGAUAACAACGAGCGACAACCCUAGGUUGAUGAUGAUGAAAAUGAACGAGGCAUCGCGACUGGCACUGAAAGCCACCAUGUGGUAUGAUAUCAUGUCAACCCUAACCCUUCAAACGAUGCCAAAGCAUCUAACUUUCUACCGGCGGCUGUUCCGCGGAGGUUCGGGUUACUGGGCAUUAGCGCAGCAGGGCAUCGGUGACGAGUCGGUCCUUCGUAUGGAUAGCUUGACCGGUUGUCCAGACGAAGUACUCCUUGGUAUUGUGGAGAUAUCAACUCUAUCAUGCUGGAAGAUGCAAGAACUUCGUAAAGGUUCUUUAAGCAUGAGAGAGCUCAUCCGACGAGGGGACGUUAUUGAGCGACACCUCCGUACCCAAACAGAGACGGUGCUAUCGGUAGACGCGGACCAGACACCGUUACAUCCUGAUUUGUCAUCAACGGCUGCUGAGCUUGGCAAUGUACAAGAUUCACCUGCUGGACAGGCGCGCGCAUCCCUUCCCGCGGAUGACUCUCGGAGGCUAGUAGCUGAUAUCUUCCGAGAAGCAGCCAUCCUCUACCUCCAUACAGUGCUCAGCGACCCUAAUCCAGGAGUACCCGAAAUCGUGAAUUCGAUAGAUGUCAUAGUACAAAUUUUGAACCGGCUGCCCGUGUCGAAUAUCGACCGCUGCCUGGUGUUUCCCAUAUGCCUGGCUGGGUGUCUCACGGACGAUCCCAUGAAGCGCGAGUUUCUGAAAGCUCGGUUGCAAGGUCAAGACGAUGGCUUUGGCAACACCAGUCAGACUCUGAGAGUCAUGGAAACAGCAUGGCAGAGACGGGAUAAUCAAGGAGGAGCAGUUGAAUGGCAGGAACUGCUCCAUAUCCAGGGACGCUAUCUGCUCCUGCUAGUUUGA